CCAGAAUCACAUAAACGAAUAAUUAGACAUGUUUUCAAGCAUUCGGGGAUUCUUGAGUCGCCACAGGCGUAAGUUUAUAUUUGGGGGCGUCGUCAUUAGCAGUGUCAUCUUCCUGACGCGGUACACGCAGCGUAAGCUGCGGGAGUGGCAGGAGAAUGAAAUAAGGAUGCUCAUGGAGACCACAAAGAAGCGGCAGUACUACGAGAGCACCGAGCGCACGUGUAAUCAGAUGAUAUCGUCUCUAGCAGUGACCCUGAGAAAUGCCGUGGUUGAGGGAAACAAUACAGAGGUCAUCAUAAAUCGGCUCAGGGAUGGCUCUGCCGACAAGAUAACGUCCUGGAGCGAACUAAAGGUGUUGGCGAUCACCCGAUCGGCCGUGAUAAUUUAUUCUUACACAAUGCUAGUUACGUUCCUUAGAAUUCAACUCAAUUUGCUUAGUGGACAUAUAUACAAAGGCGUGCAGAAUACGGAUAACGAAACUGUUGGCAAUGAAAUACAAAAGAAAUACAUGGCUCUUUCUAGUAACUUUAUAUACGGAGGCAUUUAUACGAUGAGUAAUUUCAUAAAGACUAAAGUUGAGGAGGUCACAGCCUCACUGUCUUUAACGGAGCAAUUAACGUUGAGAGAUUUAGAACAGAUUUAUUGGGCGAUUAUAUCCUCUGUGUCUGCCGACAGCACGAGGGAUCCUGUAAAGAACUUCAGUUACUACAUGCUGCAGCACGCAAUACAAGAAAACACUGAGGACAUUGACACAUCGAUCUAUUCGAAGUUGAAAGAUCAGAUAUUGGACGUAUCGGAGAGCGAAGAGGUGCAGGAUUUAAUGCAGAAAACUAUUAGAAGUGGAUUCGUUUUAUUAAUGGAUCACAUAUCCGCGUACUUCAGUGAGCCUCCUAAAAUUAGUAGCAAUGUACAGAACAUAGCAUCGACUUCGGGAGAAUCGAGCAGUAAGAGUUCGAUUCUAACGAGACGCACCGAAGUCGCAAGUGACGCCAGUGGAUUUGUAGAUGUUAACAAAACCACCAUGGCCCUGGCUAAAAUUAUUCCCAUUGUAAACGGGCAGGUUCCAGAUAAUCCAACGCCGAACGAUAUAGCAUCGGACUGGCUUCAACGUCUGAUGUUAAAUAGUGACCUUAAAACACUCGGGGCGAAUCUUUACGAGGCAGUUAGUUGAAUUUAAUUGCGAGUCAAUAUUUUUAUUAAAAAUUAAAUAGGAAUUAGAAUUAUUCCUUUGUGCGAUCGGAGCAAUAAACAGUUCUUUGGGACAAUAUAUAGAAUAUAACAAUAAUUACACUUGAUUUUCAAAUAAAUUCGUAUGGUACAAGGUAUUUUGCAUCGCAGGAAAUUUUAAUGUAUAUACAUAUACGUUUUCAGAUUAAAACAUGGUUGAAUGGCUU